AUGCUUCUGCACCCAAAUUCACAUGACAACUACACAUUCAACCAUGCCCUGAGGGCAUGCACCUUCGCCCAUGCCCACCACAAAGGCCUUGAAAUCCAUGGCCGUGUCAUAAAAUCAGGUCACUCGUCAGACGUUUUUACGCAGAACACCUUGCUUAAUUUCUACUUAACAGAAGCCGAUGUCACUUCCGCCCGCAAACUCUUCGGCUCCAUAUCGUGCCCGGACGUGGUGUCAUGGACGACUAUCAUUUCAGGGCUUUCGAGGUGUGGGUUUGGCGAAGAAGCAAUUGUUAUGUUCAGGUCGAUGAAUGUAAAACCUAAUUGUUUCACUCUCGUUAGUGUUGUAUCGGCUUGUUCUGGUUUAGAAGCCCACAGGCUUGGCAGAGCUAUUCAUGCCUAUUCCGUGAGGAACUUGGAGGAGAGCAAUGUAUUUUUGCAGAAUGCUUUGUUGGACCUGUACGUAAGAUGUGGGUCUUUGUUCAGCGCGCAGCUCCUGUUUGAGAAAAUGCCUGACAGAGAUAUCGUUUCCUGGACAACCAUGGUGGGUGGCUACGCGCAGAGAGGGCAUUGUGAGAAGGCUUUUGAGGUGUUCCAAACCUUGGUGCGAGGAGGAGAAGCUGAACCAAAUGAAGUCACGUUAGUCAGCAUAUUGACGGCGUGUUCCUCCAUUGGCGCUCUGAGUUUGGGAAGAUGGAUUCACGCGUAUAUAAACACACGGGAAAAUGAUAUUCUGAUGAAUACUUCUGUGGGGAACGCAUUGAUGAACAUGUACGUCAAGUGCGGGAAUGUGAGUGCGACGGUUUCAGUUUUUGACAUGAUGAAAUGCAGCGAUUUGAUAUCAUGGAGCACUGUGAUAAGUGGGUUAGCAAUGAACGGCCUUGGCAAGCAAGUUUUAGAGGUCUUUGCGCUAAUGCUGGUUACCGGGGUUGUCCCGGAUGAUAUAACAUUCGUUGGAUUGUUGUCUGCUUGUAGCCAUUCGGGUUUGGUUGAUCAAGGGGAAAUGUUAUUCAAAGGUAUGCUUCGGUUCUGUGGGACUGCACCACGAAUUCAGCACUACGCAUGCAUGGUUGAUAUGUAUGGCCGAGCUGGGCUUUUAGAGGAAGCGGAGGCUUUGGCUAGGGAUAUGCCUGACAAUCAGCCUGACAGAACUAUUAUGGAAACUCUGUUGAAUGCUUGCAAGGUUCAUGGUGAUGUUUUGGGAGCGAGACUGGAGCUACAAGAUGUUAAAGGAUUUGGUGCCGGUGCUUUUGCAUUACUGUCGAAUACUUAUGCAAGUCUGAAUAGAUGGGAAGAUGCUGGUAGGAUUCGGGAUGAGAUGAGGUGCUGCGGCCUAAAGAAGAUGCCAGGCUGUAGCUGGAUCCAGGUGGAUCUGACAAUGCCGAGAUAG